GUUGAAAUUACAACGUGCAAGUGAUAUUGGCCAAUCGUAUUUAUCUUAUCCGAAAACAAAAAUAAAGAACAAAUAGUUAACAAUUUCUGGUAAUCAAGUACUGCUACUCCUUUGUUGAUCUCGCGCGCAAACUGAAAAGGAGAGAUAGAACUGGUACCUGCAUGUUAAAAAAUCUGGAAGCAAGUUAAAAGAUGAAGCAUAUAACGGGUGCUGAUCUGCCAGCUGCCAGGCAUGACUAAAGUUUCGGGAGGCCAAAGGAUUCCCUCAAGAAAACUUCACCUGUUGGAUGAAUUGUACGGUUCUUUUUCGAAGAAUUGCUGUAUGCUGCCAUGCAAAAGCUGGGAGUGUUUUGCCAGGCUGUCUCUUCCAGUUCUGGUGGGCAACCUCACAGGCAUCUAAUAAGAGCAAUUCAAAUUGUUUCCAAUCCAUUAUUAGAGAGGAAAAUUGCAGAAUUAUGUCCUAUGAAUCCAAGAUUUUCAUGUAGACAUACAGAUUUGGUCCUAUCGACCCCAAAUAGCACGAUUCGAUCUAUAAAAACCAAGGCUGCAACUAGUGAAAAUGAUGAAGAAUUAUCUGAUGAAGAUGAUGAGCUUUGCCCUGUUGAUUGUGUGAAGGAAUUCCAAACCAAUGAAGAAUUCUUCCAAAUCCUUGAAAAGGCCGAGAAAACAAAUACUUUAGUUGUUGUAGACUUCUACCGGACUUCUUGUGGCAGUUGCAAGUACAUAGAGCAAGGUUUUGCUAAAUUAUGUAAGGGAUCUGGUGAUCAAGAGGCACCAGUUAUAUUCUUGAAGCACAAUGUAAUAAAUGAAUAUGAUGAAGAAUCUGAGGUUGCUGAACGACUGCGAAUAAGGUCAGUGCCCCUUUUCCACUUUUACAAGAAUGGAACGCUGUUGGAGGCCUUUGCAACCAGAGACAAAGAAAGGAUACUGGCAGCCAUUCUUAAAUACACCAGUGCACCUAGUGAAGAUGCUUUAGCUAAUCUGGGUAGGCUCUGAAAAAAUACUUUCACAUGUGCAUGUUGGUAUCCAUAUCUGGGCACAAGAAGACUCCUAUACUUUUCUUGUUACCCGCUACAGCUGCAACAUUAUAUUUCAGAGUCUUGUAUUUGUAAGGUAAAUAGUGUAGGAGGCAAAGUGAAUCUCUAAUCUACUUGCGUAAUGUGCCUGGAAAAUAAAGCAACAGCCUAUUUGUUCUGCUAUGCCUGUGGUUACAUUCUGCCUAGGCAAAUACACUUGUCUUUAGAGGAACUUGAGCUUGACGAUGCGAAUGAAAGAAGCACUUGAAGGGAAAAUAAUAGUGAAAAAA